UGUAAUGCAUGUCAGACUGAUGUGCAUGUGAUUCAAAAACGACAAUUGUUCCUGGUUGCUGUUCUUUAAAUGAAAGUGCAGCAGACUGUACUUACAGUAUGUCAAUCUUUUAGAACGUAUAUCUGCGCUUGUUUUCUCGACCAUGGAAUGUUCUAACUGGACCUCAUCCAAUGCAAUGAAUUCAGCACUCAACUGCAGUAUGCCUUAUAAAAAUGGCCGACUUCCCCUUCUGAUUCUGUAUGGCAUUGUCUUCACUGUGGGCGUACCUGCUAACCUCAUCACCAUAUAUCUCACUUUCCUUGAGGUGCAAAGGAAGAAUGUGUUGGGAGUCUACCUGCUGACUCUCUCUGUGUGUGAUGUGCUGUACCUUGGCACACUACCUACAUGGGCCAUUUACAUAUACAAUGACCAUAACUGGCACUUGAGCACUUGGGCUUGUAAAGUGACAGGCUACGUCUUCUUUAACAACAUGUAUGUCAGCAUCUUCCUCUUGUGCUGUGUGUCUGUGGACCGUUACAUUGCUGUGGUGUAUUCCUUGAAAUCUCGAGGCCUGCGGAAGAUGAAGCUAGCUGUGCUAGUCACCUCAGUAAUUGUAGUUGUGGUUAUGUUGGGCCACACGCCAGUGUUUUUCAUGGCAGAGGGUAAAAUAAAGACAAAUGGGGAGAAGCGGUGCUUUGAGCCUGGACAGAGCACGGUCAUUGUGACUGCCUUCAACUACGCCCGCUUUGUUAUCGGCUUCUUCAUUCCACUGUGCAUUCUGCUGGUCACCAACCGUGCCAUUCUCUAUGUGGUCCGGACCAGUGAUGGCUUGAGUUCAGAACAGAAGAUCAAAAUCCGUUACCUCAUUCUGGCAGUAAUCCUGUUCUUCCUGGCCUGCUUUGCCCCCUAUCACAUUAUUCUUUUGCUACGGGCUGGCAGUUUCCACUUCUCAAAAAGGCAUUGUUACUUUGACACAAUCCUUUACACACCUUACAGCAUCUCUCUGGGAUUGUCCACUCUUAAUAGUGCUAUGAACCCAAUUUUGUAUGUACUGGCCAGUGACAACAUGCGCAGGGAGAUCUGCAUGUGCUUCCAGUACAGUAGUGUCUUUUCCAGACAGGAAAAUGGAACAGCCUUGUCAUCCCGGGGGGACGAUCAGAGAAACCCUCAUGGGCUGAGGUCAAGUAGGGGGACACAGGAAGGUUUAGUGGUCCAUUAAUGUGCAGAAUAAAAUCAUGUGAAAUUGUCUGUUUGAUCAAACUGUGAUGGGAACAUGCAUAAGCUAUGUAAGUUUCUUGGUGUGUGUGUGAUCGUUCAUGGGGCCCCUUUUUCUUUUUAAAAGGUUUCUCUUUUAUAUGCAUUGCGGGACUGGAUAGGAAGUAUGGAAUAUAAAACAUGGGACUGGAUUAAUAGUGACCCUUUUCUGACCUGGUUUUACAUUCCCCAGACUGGUGAGAUUUGAUAUUUUCAUUGUUGGAAAAAAAUGUUUAAAUAUUCAAAAGUUUUAGAGGUUACAUUUAUGUAUUGUCAAUCAUUUUAUACCCUUGCUAACAGAAAUCAAUAUUCCGAAUAAUUAGUGAAAGCAUUUGCUUCCCAGUUUUAUACCGUAAAUUCCACAGCUUACUGGCUACACUCACUAUAAUAAAAGCUAUUAUUGAAAUUUUUUUUUGGUAUUUGUUAAAACCACAUUUCUUGUUUUAGCAGGAAAUGGUUUGAUGUGCUAAAAGGAACAAAACCUUCUUUGCUUAAGUACUGUAUGUGCUACCAGACAUGUGUACAGCACUGAGUUAUACAGUUACCCUGGGAAAUUACACUUUAAUCUCAACAAUUAUUGUCAUUACAUUCUUAUAUUGUUAUGGUAUUUCCAAGCCAUGUUGCAAAAUGAUACAUUUAGUUCAAGUCACUGUUUAAUUUAAUUAGAUUUUUCAGUAAAAAUAAUUCAAAAAGAAGCCUGCUACAUACUGUCAUCCAGAAGGAUAUGUACCUUAAAAUAAAUAUGCAAAAUGCCACUUUUUGCACAGGCUUACCAAAAUGGAUAACUGAAAUUGGGGGAAAAGGCCAGGCAACAUUUUUCCAAUAUUCUACUGUCCAGUUACAGUGAGCCUGUGCCCACUGUAGCCCAAAUCCUUGUUCUUGAAUGACAGGAGUAUAACCUGACAGGGAGAAUCUGCUGUUGUAGUCCAACUGCCUCAGGGUUCGACAUGAGAUGCUUUUCUUUUCACCAAGGUUACAAAGAGUUGUUUGAGUUACUGUAGCCUUCCUGUAAUCCCGGUGCUCAGUCUAUGUAAACUCUAGGCACUGUUCUGGAGAUCAGUUAUUUCUGAAAUACUCAAGCCAACCUGCUGGCACCAACAUCCCAGUGGCGGCUGGUAGUCUUUCAAACGGGAGGCUGGUCGGUUACGAUAUUUCCAGAUUUUAAAAGAAAAAACACAUCAAUUUUGCCCAUUCUCUUGCCUCUGAUCUGGCUGAUUGUUGGCAGGGUCACAAACUGUGAAAUAACAGGUUCUUUUGGCCCAUUAGCCUACUGUCCAAUAUACAUGAUGGUGGUGUUGGGGGGGGUAUAUUUUAACAUUUUAUAUUUUAAAAUUGUGGCAUGUUGUUUAAAAAUUGAUCAUUAUUGAAAGCAGCUCUUUGUCAGGAACCUCAGCAGUAACAGCAGAGUGUUCUGGAAUAGGCACAAGCACUGACCUUGGGGAGCCAAACAUAGAGCUGGGUGCCACACAUUUCAUUCAAUGACACUUUCCCUAUAUUUUACUUAUUUUGACUGAGAAAUGUUUUAUUGACAAUUUUGAUAACCCUUCACUUUUAAUCCAGGUCUGUAGUGUGAAAUGUUCUCGGCUGUGUUUUUGUUUAAAAAUGUUUUCCAAAUUGUAGCUGUGUUUAAUUCAUAUCCAGAGAAAUUCCAAUAUAAUAUACUCAGCAUAAACAUUUUAAAUAGAUUCUAUAUUUUUGGUCCAUCCAUGACAUAUUACUAAAGUAGCCUAUUUACUGUUGUUGAUGUGGGUCACCACCAUAUCAGUAUCAUUUAAAACAGACCUGGGCAUUUUACAGCCCGCGGGCCACAUCCGGCCCUUUGGUUCAUUCUGACCGGCCCGCGUAAGGUUAAUUAGAAAUUACAAAAUAAACGUAUUUUCUAAUUUUACCUCAUGCAUGGACUGAAUGUGCAUUGCUUUUAUUUUGAAGUUGUGUUCAACAAAAACGCAAUGCGCGCGACAUGAACGUGACAUGAAAUCCCACGAAACCUAAUCCCGCGAUAACUACUUCCGUAAUUUGUCCAGACCAACCACAAACUUGUACGUCAUCCUUCAAACGGUCCAGCCAAUCACAUAGUGUGACGUCACCAGCAGGCGCCGGAGCCCGAGCCGAUCUUUAGAUCUGAUUCCUACUUUUUGGUGAAUAAUCUCAUUAUUUUUACAAAAUAUUACAUACACAAGUGUCGAUAUGUCAAAUCCCCCCCCUUCAUGGCCUGCUCUUAAGAAUGAACUGUCCUUGUUACAAAAAUGUCUGAAAUAUAUAAACAAUCCCCAUGCAAAUAUACUGUACACAUUCAUAGCAGAAGUUAACCUUUCAUAAACCCCUCUUUUUUUCCAUUUUACAUAUAUUGUAUAUAUAUGUAUUUGAUAAGUUUUCUUUUUAGAUUAUAUUUUCAGAGGAGGUGUGAUUUUAUGUUGUAAUAUAAAAUAAUUCUGUUUAUGUUUGAAUUUAAUAAAAAAAAAAAAAGAUCUGAUUCCUACACCGAAUUGACUGAUCAUCUGUCAGCUGUGCUUCACAUCUCCACCUCAGACAUUCAACCUGACUCUGAUGCACUCGUUAAAGACCAACAGAGACUAGAUUUCUCUCACUGAACAAAUAAAAAACUGAAAAACACCAAAUGAGGUGAUUAGACUACAAAUGUGGGCAUCAUUAUUAUAAUAUGAUGUAUCUUGCUUGAUAUUUGGAGUAGAAAGACAAUAUUGUGAUGUCUUUAUUGUGUUUUGGGGUGAAUGUGACUGAAAAAAAAUGGUACAAACGUUCACAUUUUGUUAAGCAUUGUUUUGGGAAAUUUUAUUGAAUAAAUGACAUUUUUUGUAAGGCAA